UUGCAGAGAAUGGGAGCAUUGGCAACAGCUGCGGAGCUUCACAUUAGCUUGAAUUUACUAUUUCCAGGAAGUGGAAGAACAAAGAAGGGAUCAAGUGUGAUAUGCCAGCAAAGGAAAGCUUCCAUUCCCGAUAUGAAAUCGAAACCCUUGAGGUCAAUCGAGGUGAGAGAGAUUAGAGACAAGUGCAGGAAAUGGGCAUGGAAGGGCCAAUAUUCCAUCAAUUUCUUCGUUUCUGAUUCAGAAUCUCGGCCUCCUCUUCUUCUUGUUCAUGGCUUCGGCGCUUCAAUUCCUCACUGGCGCAGGAAUAUUGCCACAUUGUCACAAAAUUACACUGUUUACGCUAUUGACCUUCUGGGAUUCGGUGCUUCAGACAAGCCAAAGGGUUUUGCAUACACCAUGGAGGCAUGGGCUGAGUUAAUUUUGGAUUUCCUGCAUGAAGUUAUUCAGAAACCAACGGUACUAAUAGGGAACUCCGUUGGAAGUCUUGCUUGUGUCAUUGCAGCUUCAGAAUCUCGUCAAACUUUGGUUCGAGGGCUUGUAUUGUUGAAUUGUGCUGGUGGCAUGAACAAUAAGGCAAUUGUUGAUGAUUGGAGGAUCAAGCUGUUACUACCUUUGCUUUUGCUAAUUGAUUUUUUAUUGAAGCAACGAGUAAUUGCUUCGACGAUCUUUGAACGUGUAAAACAAAGGGAUACAUUGAAGAACAUUUUAUUAUCUGUGUAUGGCGAUAAGGACUCCGUAGAUGAGGAACUGGUAGAGAUCAUUAGAGGACCUGCAAAUGAUGAAGGUGCGCUUGAUGCUUUUGUUUCCAUCGUGACAGGUCCACCAGGACCGAGUCCUGUCAAACUACUGCCAAGAAUUUCCUGUCCUGUUUUAGUUUUAUGGGGUGAUCAAGAUCCCUUCACACCUAUUGACGGGCCAGUUGGUAAAUAUUUCUCUUCCCUGCCUUCUCAAUUGUCAAAUGUUAGGCUUUACAUGUUGGAAGGGGUUGGACAUUGUCCCCAUGAUGACAAACCUGACUUGGUUCAUGGAAAUUUGCUUCCUUGGUUGGCUGAUGUUACGGCUUAAUAAGCAUAAUUGUUGUUGGUUCCAACAAUUAGUGUCACUAAUCGUAGUUAUUGUUGAUGAAUUUAUCAAGUAAUUAACUUGAAGAUUCUUGGAAAGAAAUGGCUCAUAUCUCUUUCGCAAAGAUAACUUGGUUUCAGCAUAGAUAGAGAUGUGAGUAAAACUCAAAUCCGAGAGAAAUAUCGCCCAUGAGUCCCCUUUAUUGAAACUAUGUUUUUAUUUAUUUUUAUUUUUAACUGGCGGGACGCUUUUACCUUAAAAGAUGAUACAGUUACCUCACCAGGAGUUAGCCGCACCUACAAAUGAUAUAAAUACUAUUGUUGCUUUAGCUUUACUUGCGUCAAUAGCCUCCAUGGAACUAGGUGUGAUUUGAGUUGUAAACAAGAAAUCUCUUAUACCAUGAUCUUGGAGAUUCCAAGGUUAAUAUAUAUAUAGUAUUUGAAUCAAAUGAAUGUGAAUUUCAUUGCAA